UUUCUUUUUUGAUUUGAUCUCUCUCUCUCUUCUUUCUCUCUUUUAAUACAUUUCUUUUCAAAGGGUGGGCUCUGGCUUCCCUCUGGAACUGGCUCCUUAGAAGUGCAUCUGCCUGAGGAAUUCUGGGCUCAGGAGGAUUUGCUUUUUUAAAAAGCACCACCUUUUCUUAGGGUUUUAUUACAAAUAAGAAAGGUGUUAGGAUGGAAAAGGAGAGCAGGACGCCUACCAGGUAUGGAUCACUGGAGUCAACCAAGUGGACAGCUGCAGAUUCAGCCAAAGAAGAAAUUGUUUCCAUGGCUGAUUCGACUACAACCAUGGGUGACAUAGAAGGGGAGCUCUUUAAGAUCGAGAGAAUCAGAGAGGUCCUGGUGAGAAGAGAGUCAGAACUGAGAUACAUGAUGGAUGACAUUCAGCUUUGCAAAGAAAUCAGUCGGCUGAAAAAGGAGCUCCAGAAACUCAUCGCACUCCCAGAGAAAGAGAAGUCCAAUGAGGAGAAGCAGAGAGAAGAGGAACUGGUGCAGCAGAUACACAAGCUGGUUGAAACCCGGGAUUUCCUGGUGGACGAUGUGGAAUUUGAAAGACUGAGAGAAAAAGAAGAAGACAAGGAAAUGGCGGAAUUCCUGCAAACAAAGCUUUCCAAAAGCUGCCUCCAGAAAGCAACCCCUGUCAAAGAGAGGAAGAUGAUGUCCAGAGGGCAGCAAACCUCCACACCAUACAUGACCAAGACAGGCCUCACCCUGCUCAAGGAAUGCUGCGGUUUCACCUGUUCCAUUAUGUAGACUCUCUCCCAGGCCUCCUCUGCACAGGACAAGAUCAUGGCAGGCCUUCAGGAAGAGUCUGCAGCUCCUGACAGCUUCAACCUCCCUUCAUUGCUCAUGCUUCCCACAGCAGUACAAAGACGGAAGGACAUUUCCAAAUGGGCAGGUGCAAACUUGGACAUUGGCUUUUUUUCUUGAUGCCACUUAAGUGGGAGUCGCCUUCAUGACAUUAAAACAAAUUCUAUUUGAUCUCAGCAUGGAUGGGGCUUUUACGGCAGCAGAUCAGGUGCAACUGACAUGGGUUUGUUUGUUUUUCUUAACUGAACAGGAUCAAAAAAGACCUUGGAAAGUUUACAUUCAGUGACCAUCGGGCCCCUCUCCACCCACCUGAAAUGCUGUGAUGCUGCGGCUGGGUGUCAAGCAUGCUCUAGCUUCAUACCCCUUCCUGGCUCUUUUGCUCUAUGGGCUGCCUCCAAAGGACAUGUUCUAGGAACGCCCAGAUUUUAAAUAUAACUGCGCUCUGUUUUAUUGUCACAGGCUUUGUGGUUAUGGGUAGGGCUGCAUGUUUGUCACGGCAUCUUUGAUCAUCAAUCACAAAUCAGGCAGGGUAAAUUUGUAAAAGUAACUGGUUUGUGAUUUUUGAUAAAAAUUGCCAUGACAAAUGAGGAGGAGGGGUCCCAGGUGGAGCUGGGGAUGGAGUAGGGUGACCAGAUAGUAACUGUGAAAAAAUGGG